GAAGCGUCUUUAACACUUAGUUUUUUUUUCCAGGCUGGUUCGGGACAAGACACUUCGUCACUUUAAUGCUGUCUCUUGGCAUGGCCAAUGCCUAUGUUAUGAGGACCAACAUGUCCGUAGCUAUUGUAGCUAUGGUGAACCACACAGCUAUUGCCAUUGAUGACGCCGCCGCAACAGACAAUGUAGCUGUGUCUGAAUGCGGCGUAACUAUUGACAAGAAUUCUUCGUUAACAUCACCUGAAGCUGACGGUCAAUUCGUGUGGCAAACCGAUAUACAAGCCUACGUUCUGUCCGCAUUUUUCUACGGAUACGUUUUGACGCAAAUCCCAGCAGGAAUUUUGGGCAAAAAAUAUGGGAAUAUCCGCUUUUUGGGCAUCGGGAUGCUGAUCAACUCGGUGUUUGGUCUGCUCGUGCCCAUUGCGGCCGAAAUGGGCCUCGGAUGGCUGCUAACUGUGAGAUUUAUACAAGGAUUAGGCGAGGGUCCGAUUGUUCCGUGCAGCCACGCUUUACUUGCAAAGUGGAUCCCCCCUAACGAGAGGAGCCGCAUGGGUUCGUUCGUAUACGCAGGAGCGCAAUUGGGUACUGUCAUCUCCCUGCCUCUUAGUGGGCUCCUUUCGGUCUCACAAUGGGGCUGGCCUGCAAUCUUUUACGUUUUUGGAGCUGUUGGCACCGUAUGGUGCAUCACCUUCCUGAUCUUCGUCAAAGAAGAUCCCGAAUCCCAUCUUACCAUGGAUCCGGUUGAAAGAGAAUAUAUCCAGAAGUCUUUGGGCACUAUCGUGGGAAACACUAAGACUCCACCGACUCCAUGGCUGGAUAUAGCAAAGUCCUUACCUUUCUGGGCCAUUCUUUUGGCCCAUAUGGGCUACAAUUACGGCUACGAGACCCUGAUGACCGAACUGCCCACUUAUAUGAAGCAAGUUCUCCACUUCAGUAUUAAAGAUGUAAGUAUAAUGGACUCGACAAAAAUUCGAAAAAAUUUUGGAAAGUGCUCAAUUUAAUGCUCUACCCAGGGG